AUGACCUAUACAAACAACACAGUCUCCACAUCCUGCACACAACACUACACAACCACACUCACCCUCGCACACACGCAACCAAAUCCACCUGUGCACCCGCACGCACUUAAGCUAGUGUCUGUAUGCAGAAAGCAUGAGAAAUGCUGUUUCUAUCUCCCGAAGGAAAGACGUGAAGUUGGCUAUUUCGGCGAUUUCAAAGUUACUGUCAAAGAGAUAAAGCCAGAUCCAUUUGAUGGCAUCAAGCACACAGUCUUGGACGUGAAAUGGGAGAUACAUCAAGACAACAAAGGAGUUUUUUCUGAGAAUGAGUUAUUGUCGAUGUUUAGUAGCAAGUCAGCCAUCGUACACCAUCUCGCUUACUUCAACUGGCCAGAUCACACUGCACCUUUGAGCGCAGCACCUACCAUAGGAAUGUUCAAGUUAUCCCGGACUUUAGCUAAUGGCGCUCCUAUCACCGUUCACUGUUCCGCUGGGAUCGGCCGAAGUGCAACAUUCAUUGCAAUUGAUUAUGCAUCGCAGAAGAUUCGCGAGAAACCAGAUGCUUCCAUGGUUGAUGUUAUAAGAGAUUUGCGUUGUCAAAGGUUCCAAGCAAUUCAAUCGGCUAUACAAUAUGUAUUCCUCCACAUUUGCCUCCUUGAGCUUUUUGCUGGUGAAGGCGCACUUAGCCGUGAUACAACAUUCAAUGACUAUCUGGACAGCUACGUUUCGAAUGAUAAAGCGAUACAACAAACGAGUAGAACAAAAGGAGAAAGAACGUGA